AUGCAGGCCUGGCGCAUUGAGCCAUCCGACUACAUCAUCUUACUUCUUCAAUACAAGGAAGGUUACAAGACCAAAGAAGAACUCUUCGCCAUCCCUCCCGAGUCUGUUCCUGCUUAUCUAGCAAUGCGUGUCGGUGCCUCCAAGAAUUACAAGCCAACACAAGAACAAGUCAUCAAUGCUUUCAGUACGCCGAAGAAUAAGACUGCACAUGACUCCAGUCCAGUACACGACUCAGGCUCAGAAAAGUUCCGCGAGACUUUCAUCUCAAAGCCUCUCAAUGAUCUGUUGUGCGAUCGUCUCGUUCCCAUCGUACGCUUCAGAGAUGCCGGCAUGUCGUGGCAAGGCGCCGAAGACUCGUACAUCAUGACGCGGAACGACCACCAUGCCGACGUUUGCGCUGUCGCUCAACAUUUUGAGAAAGAGGAAGCACCGGCCUACCCUUCCGUCGUCACUGCAGACCAUUUGGAUGAUCGUUUGUGCAAAGCUCACUCGUUCCCUCUCGCCGCUAUGCAGUUCACGCUACGCCACUUCGUUCGUUGCACAGAGUUCUGUCUCGUCUGCCACAAGAAGCUCUCCACUGUAGUCGAAGCACUCAAACCUUACGUUUGCGAUGGACCUCUCUGUCUUUACCAAUACAUGACUCUCGGUUUUGGUCCGUCCAUCGAGCAUGAGAUCAUGCACCAAGACAAAGUUGUUGACUUGCUUUUGAGCUUUUGUUACAGCAGUGCCUCGCUGGGAAGACUCAAAACUUUCCCUACAGGGCUUGCUCUGAGCUUACCUCGUUCCAUCGCCUUGCCUAUCCAGGAACAGGUUCGCCACCAGUACGGAGUAGUCGCGCAGCCUUCAAUAUCCUCUUCUUCGAGUUCUGAGGGCCGGCUUCAAGCUCGCCUUGACAUUAGCAAAUCAGAGAUUCUGUUCGACAACGCCGACUCAAACUGCCCUCUCAAANNCAGGGGGGACUGGAUCGCUAUCGAGCUGCCAGAUGAGAUAGAAAGCCCCUCGUUUCACUGCAGAAUUCAGGAUACUCUCGGCCCCUCUGCCAAGAUUGGUCCCCUGGUAGGACAAGUCACUCUGGCUUCCAAGACUGCAAAAUGGUCCACAGCCUUCAUCGACAAGUACAACACCAAUUUUGAUGACUUGCAAGAUGCAGAGAAACGAGGUGCUGUACAGCGCUUGUUGGCUCUGCUUCCGUCAGUUUCAAAGAUGAAGACCUACCUCCUGAAACAGAGUACUCCAAAACUGUCCGAUUGGGUUGACACCAUUUCACCAGCCGCACUAGCAGUCCUGCGUUGGACCUUGGCCUCAAAUCGCUCUUGCAUCGUUGAGGUCGAACCCCACCAGGCGGUACAUGGUAUGUCAAAUUACGUACAAUUUCGCUUCGCUAUGGGAGCACCCGACAAAGAAGCUCGUUUCGUGAACGCUGUCAAGGAGACCGCAGCUCGACUCAAGUCCAAGUAUCCGACCUUCUACGCCUGGCACGGCAGUAUGCUCCAGAACUGGCACAGUAUCAUUCGUGAGGGCCUCCACUUCAACGAGACGCUGAAUGGCCGUGCCUUUGGAAAUGGUGUCUACCAUUCUCCACAUUACAACACCUCGCUUGGUUAUUCCGGCAUGCACUGGCAGUCAGGAGGUGUACCAGGAUCAUACACGUGGCCAAGCUCAGACUUGCAAAUUGCAGGAGCUAUAGCUCUCAAUGAAAUCGUCAAUGCGCCUGACGAAUUCGUCUCUAAGAAUCCUCACUACGUGAUCAGUCAGCUGGACUGGAUUCAAACCCGCUACCUGUUCGUCAGGUGUGGUGCUAGCGCUAAUGACGACAUGCCUAAGUUCGACCAACUUCCAGAGCACAAGCUAGAGCAGGAUCCUAACCGCAUUCCUUCCGGCGAGCAAUCACAGAUCGUCAUCCCAGCACUGCGUAUCAAGGCUGGAAAGCGCAAGCUGACCAACACCAAGUCACCUGGUCCGAAGAAAACCAAGAAGGUGAAGAGNCUUUUGGAUAAGAUCACCAAGCCGUCACAAGUUAUUGACUUGACAGGCGACACCGACGAUGAGAUCGAGCCCACCUUCGAUGACAGUGAGCUAGAUGAUAGCUUGACCGUGGCCACUGAUGAUGAUGACCGUGAGAUCUUCAACGAGCCCCAGAUUCAACAGCAGCUGGCUGUUAGAACAGGCCCGCCACAGACCGACUUCAUCCCAGGAUCACUCGACCAUGAUCAGCUGCCCAAGCUACCCGAACCUUCAUAUGCCAACUUCACGGCGAGCAAGAGAUUGUCACAGGACCUGAAGGCCCUGCUUGACGUCCAGAAGAAUACACCGCUUCAUGAGCUUGGCUGGUACAUCGAUCCUAGCAAAGUCGACAACAUGUAUGCGUGGCUCGUAGAGCUCCAUAGCUUCCAUAUGUUCAGUGAGGAAGGCCAUGUACUUCCUCUGGUCGCUGACAUGAAAAAGUACAAUGUCAAGAGCAUUGUCCUCGAGCUUCGCUUCCCUGGCUCUUACCCUAACAACCCACCAUUCAUCAGAGUCGUAUGUCCUCGCUUCCUUCCUUUCGCGAAUGGUGGUGGCGGCCAUGUCACUGCAGGAGGAGCCAUCUGUCAUGCCGUUCUCACCUCAGACGGCUGGCUAUGCACUACCACCAUCGAGUCUGUCCUGCUACAGCUUCGCAUGGCCAUGGCCUCAAUUGAUCCAAAGCCUGCGCGCUUGCAGAUCAGAGGCACAUCCGCUGAUGGAGAACUCAACUCGUAUGGCACUAGAGAGGCCGUCGAGGCUUACAAGCGCGCUUGUAUGGCUCAUGGAUGGACUAUCCCUGCGGACUUCGACCAGACUGUCGCUGAGGAGCCGCAGCAGCAUUGA